CCGCUGAAGCAGCGGCCGCCUGGGAGUCGCGCGCGGGGCGUGAGGCGGUGCUGAGGAGCCGGAGCUGAACCGAGCUCGACGCCCGGACUGUCCAGGAGGCACGCGCGGCGCGAGCCCGCACCGGAGACCCCCGAGAGCAGCCGCCGCCCACGCCAACGCCGUUCGCGGAGCGCAGCAGAUCUAGCCAUGGCUUUGUCGAUGCCGCUGAACGGGCUCAAGGAGGAGGACAAAGAGCCCAUCAUCGAGCUCUUCGUCAAGGCUGGCAGUGAUGGUGAAAGCAUAGGAAACUGUCCCUUUUCCCAGAGGCUCUUCAUGAUUCUUUGGCUCAAAGGAGUUGUUUUCAGUGUCACAACUGUUGAUCUGAAAAGGAAGCCUGCAGACUUGCAGAACUUGGCUCCAGGGACCCACCCACCAUUUAUAACUUUCAACAAUGAAGUCAAAACGGAUGUAAAUAAGAUUGAAGAAUUUCUUGAAGAAGUCUUAUGCCCUCCCAAGUACUUGAAGCUUUCACCAAAGCACCCAGAAUCAAAUACAGCUGGAAUGGACAUCUUCGCCAAAUUCUCUGCCUAUAUCAAGAAUUCAAGGCCAGAGGCUAAUGAAGCUUUGGAGAGGGGUCUCUUGAAAACACUCCAGAAACUGGAUGAAUAUCUGAAUUCUCCCCUCCCUGAUGAAAUUGAUGAGAAUAGUAUGGAGGACAUUAAGUUUUCUACACGGAAAUUCCUAGAUGGCAACGAGAUGACACUAGCCGAUUGUAAUCUGCUGCCCAAACUGCAUAUUGUCAAGGUGGUGGCCAAAAAAUACCGCAACUUUGAUAUUCCAAAAGGAAUGACCGGCAUCUGGAGAUACUUAACUAAUGCUUAUAGUAGAGAUGAGUUUACCAAUACCUGCCCCAGUGAUAAGGAGGUGGAAAUAGCAUAUAGCGAUGUAGCCAAAAGACUUUCCAAGUAAAAUAGCACUUGUAAGAGAGAUGUCUUCUCAUCUUCCCCUAAGAACAUGGCUUUUCUUAACAGACUGCUCCUUCCUAUGAAGUUUGAAUUUUAUUUUGCAUGAUCAUGCAGUUAAUCAAGAUUAGGAUAAAGGAUAGACAAGGUAUAGUAGCUAUCUUGAAAUAUACACUCCUAAGCAGUAUUAUUUCAAAUUUCUUCUAACCUGACUAUCUCACCUCAUCUUUAUCCGCCUCUCCUAUCAUUUGGAGACACUCCAUCACAAACUUUUCACUUUAGAGGUAGUUUGCCCUCUUUGAAGCUCUCACCACUGAGUCCGUUUCUUGUGUAUAGAUGGCAGAACAUUUUGAGGUGUAAUGUUUAACUGUUAACUGCUAAAAUAGUAACCAUGUACUCAUCAGUUAAUCCCAAACUGGUGCAUAAUGCAUGGUACAAGGAAUAUUUAUGUACUUGGGGAAUUUUAUAUUAUUUAGUAAGAGUAUGAAACAAUUGCUACUGUAUCAAAAUAAUCUGUUUCAACUUAGUCUGUCCUGGAUAUGUACUAAAAGGAUACUAGGGCCAGCGUAAAAAAUCUACAGAAAGUCACAACACAUUUUGCUAUUUCACUCUGUAUGUGGAUUUUAAUUGCUUAAAAGCAUGUAGUAAAUAAUAAAUCUUUAAACCAAGUAGAACACUGACAUCAGGUGGAAGCUGAAAGUUUAGAGAGAGAGAUGUAUUCUUAAGAUUUUUUGAGCAUUCAGUCCAUAUCAGAAACCAGUGGGCACCUUAUACUCUCUGCUUAAAUAUUGGUUUUAUUAUAUGUGCUCAGCCCAGUGCCAUUUAUAUCACUGUCUUCCUUUAUUCUGAAAAGCUCUUUAAGGUAAGAACAGACCAUUGUAGAUCUUUUGAGCAUCACUACAUAAACUGACAUUUAGUUGAGUUAGCAAUAGCUGUAUAAUGAUAAGUAAUAUAAAAAUUAAUGCAGAGAUUAACCUGAGGACUUUAGGGUGGGUUUGUCAAAAUAUCAAGUAGAUUUUUUUCUAAAAAAUAUUUAUUUGAUGUUGAUAGUCUAGAAAAAAGAACGCACUGUUUGCCCUGUAUUUGAAACAAGAUAAAAAUAGACUAAAUUGUUAACUGUUAUAGGUAGGUAUUUAUCAUCAUACUUCCUUCAGAUUAUUACUAUUAAUAUUAUUUUUGGUGAGGCAAGAUAGUUUUGAGAUUUAUUUAGACAGAUGUAAGGGGAGAGAAAGGGAGAAGUAUGUGUUCAAGAGAAAGCACAAGCAUCUCCAGAGUGGAAAAUAACCAAGCAAAGAAACAGGCAAAUGACAUACACGUUCAAGGGAGAACAUGGGCUUGAAGAGCAGGCCUCAGUUAAUUUUUUCUACACCGUAUUAAGGAAUAGCACCCUGUAUGUUUUGCAAGUUGAAGUCCUGAACCAAGAUAUUUGUGCUCUAAUUUGAUAGGAUGAACUAGGUGAAAUAGAAACAAAUGCUUGUUAUGUAUUUAUUCAUUUUUUAAAAUGAACUUUCUAAGUACUAGUCCAAAGACUGUGGUUGUGACUAUAAUAUAUUUUGGUAAUUUUUUUUAUACCUAGCUUAAAAAGUGCUAUUUCUUAUAGAAUGUUUUUGAAAUUUCAAGUAUAUUGCUUUAAAAUAGCAAAGUUUUUCCCUUUUUGAUAUCUUAACUGUUAGUAAGCCCUGGCUUUAUGGAAGCAGCCCAACUUUUUAUAAGUAUGCCACAUUUUUUAACCUAUCAGUAAUUAUUUAGGUUGGUAUAGAAAGAUAAGAAGAGCUCCAUAUUGUAUCCACUUGGCUCAGGGAGAUUUCUUUGACUAAUCUUUCUUAGAACUUUUUAUUAGAGAUCAAACUCCCUUUUAUAAUUAAAUAUUGGAUGAUGAUUUAUUUGGCUCUAGAAAGAAGCAUUAUCAGGUUAUUGAGAAAUACUGUAACAGUUGCUUCAGUGGGUACAAAUGUCACAUCUGUACCAAUACACAGGCAGCCAUCAUCAUUUUUUUCCUGCUUUUUUAAGUAGUGACAACUUGGCAUUUACUGAACCUUGCUUCAUAGUUUAAAAGAUUAAAAAAAGAGAGAGAGAGCCGAGAGAAGUUGGUAUCUGUUCUUUCAAGUGGACUAAGUGGUAUUAGGGCAGAGGGUUAGUGAAAAAAGAGUCACGUAACUCAAAAUGGAGUGAUAAAAAAACAAUCUGAAACUCGCUUGUGAAUAUUUCCCCUUUGAAUUCUCUCUCAAAUUUUGUUUUCCACUUCAUCAAAAGGUUAGAUUUAGCUAUCUCUGGAUAUCCUAGGAAGGCAGGUGUGUUUGAGAUUUUGAUGAAGACAGAACUCCAUGAUGAAGACAGAAAGGCAAGUCAUAGUUAUACCAGGAAAGUCAGCCAAAUGGAAUUAAGAUUGGCAAAUGGACAGAAGUGGUAAAAAGGAUGAUCCUAUGAUAGGCAUCUUCCCUCUUAAUUGUUUGCAGGAUCAUAGCUUAAAAUCUUGGGAGACUUGGGGCACAAAAGUUUUCGUGGCAGUUCAUGUAGUAUUUUGCCUUAUCUCAGUCAUUCAUGUUUUGAUAUAGUUGACAUAAUUGAAAUCAUGAUAUUUUUUCUGCUACUGAAUCUUUUCCUCCCUGCUUCAUUUCCGUUCCACUUCAGCAAGGAGAUUGGAUAUUAAAUGAAAACGCUCACUAUUUUGUUGGGGAUUUUGAGAGAUUUUUGUAUUCAACAAUUGGAAAGCUCUGUUAUUUCAGCUGAUACAACUUUUUUUAUAUAGAUGUAGAUUUUCUGUACAGUUCUGUUACCUCCUUUUGAUAGGAUUUCUGACUUACAGUAAAAUGCAGAUGAUAUUUUAUUUGUUAGUAACUUUGGCUUGCAUAACUUAUCGUAAACCCUUGAGCAAUUUGUAUACAAUUAAGAGUUUCCUGACAUUUAGGCUUACAAUAAGUUGAUUCCUCUAGAAUUUAGGCAUUUUUACUUUAUUUCUGUUGAGUUUGAAUCAAAGUUCAUGUAGAUAGCUUUUAACUCUGUGCAUUAAAGAAUACCCAUUUAGAAAAUAUUUACAAGGUAAAAAAUGAGAAGAAAUGGAAAUGUAUUUUUUCAUGAUAAUUUUCAUACACAUUUCAUCAAGUUUAUUGAUUUUUUACACUGCCUAUAAUUUGUAUUUGAUUAAAAGAGAGGAAAGCAUUCAUUACUGAUGUGAACUUUUAAAAAAUUGCAUUGAUAAUUUAUAGAUUAUUAAUGUUGGUCACCACAGUUAUAUUUUUAUCAUGACAGGCUUUCAACUUUUCCCAAAUCCUAAUUUUGGACAGAAUUGGAGUAUUUUCUUUAGACUUAUUUGAAAAAAUGAAACCUUUUUUUUUUUUCUCUCUGGAACCAGUAUGUUGCUGGCAGCUGUUGUAUUAAAAAUAAAGUAUAUUUUCACUACCACAAAA